AUGGCGACAGUUCGAACUUUUCUGGCAGUGGCAGUUGUGAAAAACUGGGAAGUACAUCAGAUUGAUGUGCAUAAUGCAUUUUUGCAUGGGAACGAUAAAGUUGCCUUGUCACAGUUCAAGGCAUACUUGGGAAACUGUUUUAAGAUGAAGGACUUGAGAGCUUUGACAUAUUUCUUAGGACUUGAGGUUGCUAGAAGCAAUCAAGGGUUCUACAUUUGUCAACGAAAAUAUGCUCCUGAUAUCAUUUCUGAGACUGGGUUGUUAGGUGCUAAGCCUGCCGAUUUUCCUAUGGAACAAAAUCAUAAACUAGCUCUUGCGGAAGGCAGAGUGUUGGAGGAUGUGGAGAAAUAUAGACGUCUUGUUGGACGUUUAAUUUACUUAUCGGUGACUAGACCGGAAUUGGUAUAUUCCGUUCAUAUAUUGUCUCAGUUUAUGCGGACUCCGAAAGAGAAACAUUGGGAUGCGGCACUUCGUGUGGUGCGCUACUUAAAGAAAAAUCCGGGACAGGGAAUUCUUCUUCGAUCCGACAGUGCACUGAGGUUAGAGGGGUGGUGUGACUCUGAUUGGGCGAGUUGUCCUCUAACUAGGAGGUCAUUGAUUGGUUUGUGCUACUUGGUUUUUUCCCCGGUGUCCUGGAAAACUAAGAAGCAACCUACGGUUUCUACAUACAUCGUCUUCGGAGGCGGAGUAUAG